AUGGUACAAACACCGGGACCUUCAACUAUUCCUGCAUCCUUCAAAAGUUUGCCAGGAUAUACCAUAACGACGAGCGGGAUAUUGAUCACACCAGAUGGACGACCACUCCCAUCUGCAGUCUAUAAUUGUUUCGGUAUACCAAGGCAAGCAUUAGCUUCGCUGGAUUCAAAUCAGGAAGAGGACGAUCGUUUAUGCGCAGUGUGCGGUGAUAAAGCCUCAGGGAACCAUUACAGUGUACCGAGUUGCGAAGGAUGCAAAGGUUUUUUCCGAAGAACUAUUCAAAAGAAAAUAGAAUAUGUAUGCUACAAGCAAGGUAAUUGCAUAGUGGAUCAGAAAAACCGGAAUAGAUGUCAGAGCUGUCGAUUUAAGAAAUGCCUUCAGUUAGGCAUGCGUCAGGAAUCGGUACGUUUGGAUCGCAAUCGCCGACGGAAAAAGGAUGAAAACAGGUAA